GAAAAAGCUCUGGCUGAAACUUUAUGCAAAAAUACCACCUUAAUUAAUUUAGAUCUAUAUGGUAAUAAUUUAGAUAAAUUAGCAGAAAAUACACUGGCUGAAGCUUUACGCAAAAAUAUUA